AUGGCCAAAGAUUCAGAUUAUCUUACACCCUACGAAGCUUCAUUGGCAAUUGUAGCUACGUCAAUGAAGAAGGCUAGAUUAAGAAUCGACACUUUAAUAUUAAAUUCAUUAUUAGGAGGUACUUUAUUUGCAUCAGGAAGUUUUCUUUACAUGGCUAUAAACAGUACCGAUCCAGAAUUAUAUAAAACGAAUCCAGGUAUUCUAGAAUUUAUAGGAGGGGUUUGUUAUGGAUUUGCAUUAUAUUUCGUCGUGAUAACUGGUGCGGAUUUAUUUAAUUCAAAUGUACUCUACUGCACCGUUGGCCUAUUAAGAAGAGCAAUUACUAUAUUUGAUUGUAUUAUCAUUGUGUCAGUGAGUUGGAUUUCUAAUAUCGGGGCAUCAUUAUUUAAUGCUUAUUUAUUUGGAUACUUAUCAGGCAUUGGAAGAAAAGAGAAUUGGGUUAUUGGAACAAAAUUAUUAGUGGAGAGUAAAGACUCAUAUACAUUUAUUCAAACAUUUUUAAAAGGCAUUGCGGGGAACUUUUUUGUUUGCCUAGGUAUUUACUUACAAUUAAUGGCCAAGCCAAUCCAUGUGAAAUUAUUUGUAUUAAUUAUCCCAAUUUUUGUUAUUAGCGCCGUUGGCUUUACUCAUGCGGUCGCAGAUAUGGUUGUUUUAUACCUAGGUAUGAUGAAUGGUGCAAACUUAUCAGUAGGUAAAUAUAUUUGGAGAUUAUUAAUUCCUGCUACUUUAGGAAAUUUGUUGGGUGGCUUUGUCUUUGGAUUAGUAGUUCCAUUUUAUUUACAAUUAAUUGUUGUUGAAAGAGAUAGAGAAAAACUUUCGUUACCAGAAUAUUUUGCAAGAGAUGAACAACCAGAACUUAAUGUUGAUUCUAGAGUUGUUAGGGUUCCAAUUAAUAGGGAAACUAUGCACGAAUCAUCAGAAGCUGAAGAAGAAUCAGAGUCAGAAACGGAAACUGAAGUGGAAAUAGAAUCAGAAUCAACAACAGCAAAUAGCGAUCAUACUUUUAACGAUCUGGUAAAUUCAACUGGGAAAAAUAUAUAUGAAAAUAUUUAUCAAAAUGAAAAUGGUAUUGAAAGUAGGAGUGCAACUCUCAGUGUGAAUGAAAGUGAGGCCAGAUUUAGUGAAGAACCAAAUAGGGAACGAGUUAAACCUGAUGAGGAGGAAAGAGGAAGAGAAGGAGAAGGAGAAGAAGAGGAAGAAGAAGAAGGAGAAGGAGAAGGAGAAGGAGAAGGAGGAGGAGAUAGAGAAGUUUAUUCGCCUAGGCCAUUUGUAAAACCAGAUGUUGAAAAUGUAAUAGCAACCCUUCCUACUAGAAGGGAACACCGAACAUAUUUAUCUUCAGUUAGAUCAAGCUAUGAUUCAUCUACAAAUGGUAGUAGAAGAAGUUUUGAAAGUACAGAACAUGAAAGGAGCAUUUCUAGUAGGAGAAAUACUCCGUCAAUUGCAUCUAAUGAUACCUUACGUUCUAAAUACAAGCCUAAUACCCCAAAAGAAGUGCCAACUGACUAUUUUAGCAUGCGUCCAAAUGAAUUAUCAUUCAUAUCCCAUCCUCCUCUGCCUGCAGAGGAAGGAUUUUCAUAUGAAGAAGAAUUGAGGAAAAUGAAAUCACAGUCUGUUGCCACGCCUCCUGAACGUUUAGCAGCUACUGCAUCAACCACUGCCUCUGCGAAGAAGCGAACAGCUAAGAAUGCUAAGUCAAAAUCAAGAUUUGAAGCAUCAGUAAUUCGUGGAUUUGGGAAUCUUCGUUCUCCUCCUGGUGUAUUCCCUGUUUACGGUAUGGCUCCACCUCUGAUGAGGGAAAAAACUAUUGAAAAUCCAAAUUUGAAUGCUUACGAAAAAAAAUUUAAGCUAAGGACAAGAAAAAUGGUGGAUAAUCGUAAACCUACUAUUCAUGUGACAGAAUCUAUUGGUCAAGCCAGCUAUUCUCGUAACAAGCGUAGUUUACACCAUGAGACUAGUGCUAAUAGCCUAGAGCAAAUAUUAAGACGCAAGCCUCAUAGCCGCAACAAUCCAAAUGAACAAGAUUUAAAAAGCAACCAAAAUAAAAGUAGUGAUAAGGAGGAAAAAAACUACAACGUCUUGCGAGACAGCACUGGUGCUAAAUUAGAGAGAGCACUUUCUACACUCUCUUACAGAUCUGGAAGGCGCAAGGACGAUAUAGAAGAAGGGCCAUCUAGGAGGCUUGCCAAAAAGAAGGAUGGAACACAAAUCCCUUUCGAACACAAUUCACCAGAAUCUAGUGGUACUUAUUAA